AAAAGAUAAAUUCAGCAAAACCAAAAGCAAACGAAACCCACCGCGGAAGAGAGAGAAAGCAGAGAGAGAGAGACAAGGGUUUCCGAAACUCCAGAUAAAAUCUCCACUCCGUUACGGCCACUUCGUCCGCCGUAUAAAUUGCCAUUACUGCCUGCACUCGGCCGGAACUCACUUGUCGUGUUCGUGCGUCUGUGUUUUGUUAUUUUUUUUCUCUAUUUUUUUAAAUUAAUUAGUAAAUCGGACAAAAGGGGGGGAGGAGUGAAUUGAAGGAAGAUAAGGCGAAGGCGUUGCGUUUUCAGGAUUAGAUCUAUUUUUACAAGGAUGAGUGCAGGAAGAGGAAGCGGCGCCGCCGGUGGUGGCGGAGGAGUACUACCCGUUCCGGCGGGGUCACGGAUGGUGGUCCAGAGUUUGAAGGAGAUAGUUAACUGCCCUGAGGCGGAGAUCUACGCUACUCUUAAGGAUUGCAAUAUGGACCCCAACGAGGCUAUCAGUCGCCUACUCUCUCAAGAUACUUUCCAUGAGGUGAAAAGCAAACGAGAAAAGAAAAAAGAGGGCAAGGAUAGCUCUGAGAGUAGGCCUCGUGGUGCGAAUAACAGUUCAAAUCGAGCUAGCAAGAGUGCUGCAGAUCGACAUCUUAGCCGUGGUUCAUCAGCAUCUCAGUAUAAUGCUUCUGAGCCUCCAUUGCAUGGGAAGUCAACUAAUAAGAAAGAAAAUGGAUCAACUUAUAGAAGUUCUUCGUCUUCAGCUCCUGGUAUAUCAGGAAAUACCAGAAGCAGAGAACAAUCAGGCUUCAGUGUUGGGGCAACAGCUGAAAAUAAAGGAUCCUGGUUUCAGACAGGUAAUGGCACGGCAUCUGUUGUACAGCCACCUUCUGGACAUCAGUCUGCCUGGGCGGCAGGUGGUGUUACUGGUCAGGUGUCUAUGGCUGACAUUGUGAGGAUGGGCAGACCACAUAGUAAAGCACCAAACGCAUCUCAUCACAAUAUUCAGGAUCAGUGGGAAGCUUCUUCAGGUCAGCCUGUUCCCACAACCGAAGACUGGCCUUCCAUAGAGAAACCAGCUCCCACAAACCUGAUUUCUAUCCCGGAAUACAGUGUGGAUUCUGAGCUACAUGCAGAGGCAUCUGGUUUAUCAUCUGACAGCAUUAAUCACCAAUCGGAGGCAGAUGAAAUUCGAAAGAUAGAUGAUACCAGUAGGAAGAUUCCAGAGGAUGUUCCAAGAGGUGCAUCUGUAUUUGAGGAUGACUUGUUUAAAAAAACCGUGGGCUCGUAUCAGUCUGAGGGUUGUGAUUUCGAGUAUCACGAAAAGGCUCACGAGUUCGAGCACCAUGAAAGGGAUCACGACUUUGAGCAUCAUGAAAGGGACCCCGAAUUCGAGCAUCAUGAAGAUGAGGAAGUUGGUGCUUCUGUGUCGUCAGUUGCCAAAAACUUGCAACAGCUAAGUGUAACAAAAGAAAACAGGGGAUUUUCAUAUGUGGGAAAUGCACCUUCGGUAGUUAUUCCAGAUCAUUUGCAAGUUCAAAUUGCAGAUUGUUCACACUUGAGCUUUGGUAGCUUUGGUGCUGCAAAACCUUCUGGGACUAAGACAUCUAUGCUUGUAAAAAACAACUUGGAAGAGGCGCAUAGGGAGGCUGAUAUUUCAUCUGCUGAGCAUCUGGACACUAGACGUUCGGAGUAUUAUGUUGAUGAUGCACGUACAAAUGCUCCUGAUGGUAGUUUGUUUGGUAGAAAUGGUGCUAGUGGAGAGAACUAUGAUGUAUCUUCUGUUUCACAGCGAGACGAGUUGUUGAAGCCUGAGAGUGCUCAAGUGACUCACGGAAGUCAAUAUACUUUUCCUUCGAAUGCUGGUUAUUCCACAUUCGAUGACGCCCAACACUUACAUGCCGCUUUUAAUCAAAGAAGUUCCCAGAUGCAAAAUGUUGCUCCGUUCUCAAAUGUUAUGCACUCACACGCGAAUUCACUACCGGGCAGUUUGUUGAAUGCAAAUGUUCAGCCCACUAGAGAAUCUGAUCUUCACUACUCACCAUUUUCUGCGACGCAAUCUAUGUCUGCUAAAUAUGGAAACGCUGUCUCUUCCAUGGGUGUAUCAGCACUUCCUAUGCCUGAGGCAUUAAAGACUGUCGGUUUGUCAUCGUCACAACCUGGUCAACAAGCCAUUUCUGGACAUGCUCUGCCUCAACAAGUUGCUCUACAUCCCCAAUAUUCUCAGACCAAUCUUCCAAUGGGGCAGUUCCCCAAUAUGAUUGGCUACCCUUUCUUGCCCCAGAGCUACACAUACAUGCCCUCUGCUUUUCAGCAAUCACUUGCCGGCAGCAGCGCUUACCACCAAUCUCUAGCGGCACUACUCCCUCAGUAUAAAAGCAGCGCUUCUUCCAUCAGCAGUUUGCCUCAAUCUGCUUCUGGAUAUGGUGGUUUUGGUAACAACACUUCAAUUCCCGGAAAUUACCAAAUGAACCCUCAAUCUGCUGCCCCCUUAUCUGAAUCGGCUUUAAGCUACGACGAUGUUUUGAAUGCUCAGUACAAGGAAAGAAGCCACUUACUUUCACUUCAGCAGCAGAGUGAGAAUUCGCCAGUGUGGCUUCAAGGGCAUAAUUCAAGAACGAUGUCAGGUGUUCCAGCUAGCACGCUUUACAAUUUGCAGGCACAACAAACUAAUCAACAAUUAGGUGGAUUUAGGCAAGGUCAGGCGCCACAUCAGCAGCAGCAGCAGCAGCAGUCGCAGAAUUAUGGAAACCCUAAUUACUACCAUUCGCAGACUGGAAUGUCGCUCGAUCAGCUGCAGAACCCUAGAGAUGUGUCCGGAUCGCAAGGACAGCCGAAGCAGUCUCAAAUGUGGCCUAACAACUACUGAUUUUUACAUCCUCGUUUUUCCAGCCUAAUAUGAUGUGGGUUUUUCCGGAAAUACCCUUUUACACCUAUUCAGGCUGUUGCAAACGGUGGGCGUUUUUAUUAGUUGUUGAUGUAAUUUUAGGAACAUGGGUGCUGAUUUUGUGUUAGUGGAGACAUGUCUUAUCUUUUUCCACAUGCACUUCACAAUUUAGAUCCAUUUUCCCUUUAGUGAGUAGUUCGUUCUGUUAGUUUUUAUCUGAAGGUUGGUUGAUCCUCUCUAACCCUUUCGAGUUGCGUUUUUCUUUUUUCUUAUUUUCUUUUUUCAUCUGGAUGAGUUGUAUUACUAUUCUGUGUACAAUAGAAACUGGUAAUUGUGACCUUUGGGACUACAUUAACAGUCAUCGUUUAGUUUAGAUGUUAGUUUCCGGUAAUGUGAGGAUUAUACCGUUUUUAGUUUAUGAUUUCGUGG